ACCAAACCAAACCAAACCUUGUGUAUGUGUUUUCUGUUUUGUGUUAGAACCAGUUAGAACAUACAGCACUAAGUACACUAAAAUUUUUUAUUAUUGAUGAAGAAAAAUGAAGAACAUGGAUAUUACUGAAAAUAAUCAAAAUCACGAAGAAAAUUUUAAAAUAAAACGAUCAAUUCUUGAUAAUUUUUCAAAGUUGGGACAUCAACAAGAAAGCGUAAGGUUAAAGAGUGCAAAUAAUCUUAUUCUAUACAUUUCAGAUAAUUAUGAAAAGGAAAAGAACUCAAAUGAACUUAAAUAUGCCCUUAAAAGAUUUAUUCGGGGAUUAGGAGCAUCAUCUUUCAACAGUAAACAAGGUUAUUAUUGUACUUUAGCUACAUUAUUUAAGCUGGAUAUUGAUUUUGAUAUUGCUGAAUUAUUAAAUAUUGUCGAAAGUGAACUACAUAGGUCUGCUAAAAAUAGUGAUGGUGAAAAUGCUGACAUUUGUACAGGAAAAAUUCUUUUUUGUGGAGCAGUAAUCAGAGCUAAAUUGUGGAGUAAAUGCUCUGAAGAACUAAAAAAUAACAUAUUAAAUGUUUUAAUUAAAUCUUCCAAAGAAAGAAACUAUUUGCUACUACUUGGAUUCAGUUUUAUUACCGAGCUAUUGAAUGAAAUUCCAAACAAUCAGCUUGACGAUUUAGUUUUAAAUUAUAUAGAACCAGAGGUCUCCAAACCAUGGAAUGAACAAACACUGGACUCAUUAUAUUUAUUAUUAUAUUUGAAAAAUAAAUAUCCGCUUCAAUUCAACAAUAAGUUUUUCAAAAAGAAACAAUUAUCUAUAUGUAUAGAAAAUUUGCCACACAUAUCAGAUAUAUUGAUGGCAAUACCAAGAAUAUCUUAUAUUAAACAUCCAAUAUAUGAUUUAGUUUUGAAGGAGAUUGAUACCAAACUUAUUCAUAGUUUCUUUGAAGCUUUAGAUAACCACUUAAAAACACCUAACCGAAAUAGAUUAAUGAUAUUUAUAAGAAUAUUAACAAAUGCAUUUUUAGACCUGAAGGAUAAAGAUAAAAAAUAUUUCAUUCAUAUACCAAAUUUUUUUACAAAUAAUUUUAUUAUUCAACUGCUCGGUUACUUUAGAACUCUGAAUCAGAAACAAAAAGAUCCAGAAUAUGUUCAGUUAGUCCAUCACUUAUUCGAUGCUGUAGUAAAUUUAAUGAAAAUUGAAGAAAUUAGCUUCAACGUAAAAGUUUUGUUGAUCCGAAAACUUUUAUUUAAUCCGGGAACAUUUGUUUUUGAGAAAAUUACCAAAAGUAAGCUGAUCCAACAGAUUAUUUUUACUAUGGAUUCAGAGGGAAUAAAAAGUUUAGCAUUAUUAUAUAAGAAUAUAAUAAAAGGUUCUGAAAAAAUUGAUUCUGAAAAUGAUAGCGAGAGAUGGGUUAACAAUGAUAGGUUGUACAGUGUUCAUCUUUUGAUUAAGUUAUUAAAUUUACCUGGUAUGAAAUCAGAAAAUCAAUGGAAAGUUGAACAGCUUAUAUUUUUGAUGGAAUUGGCGUUUUUUAGAGAAACGGAUAGCAAUGUAGGACGAGAAUUAGCAGAUUCGAUCAAGACUGCUUUUUUUGGAGCGUUGGAUUUACGACUAUCCAAACUGGAAGAAGUUCAGUUUGUGUUGUCCCAAUUAGUACACUAUCUUUCUUCUAAAUUAACACCCGAAAAUUACGAAAAUAUAUUAAGAAUGCCUUUAACAACCGAAAUAUAUAACUUAUGGCAAAAAACGUUUAAUAUUGUCGUAAAAAUUGAAAAGAACAAGAAAAAAACAGGAAUAAAGUCGGUUUUCCUAACACUUUUCUUGCAUAUGAGUUUACAACUAUUUAAUGACGUUAAACUGGCUGAAGAUUCUUUAACCGAAUUAUUUAAUUGCUACGAAAGAACUAAAAAAGAAAAAUCUGAUCGUCGAAAUUCCAAGAAAUCCGAAGAGAGUUUUGCAGUGGAAAAUGGUGAUGACCCCCUUUGGAUUGAAGUUGUGACCGAUCUCUUUUUAAGUCUUUUGUCGCACAAUUCACAUUUGUUAAGAACGGUUAUUAAUUCUGUUUACCCACAUCUAUGUGAAUAUAUGACUCCAACGACUAUACACCAAGUUCUGAGCGUUUUGGACCCAGAAAGUGAAAACCCUCUUUCAAAGAAUCAAGACACUAGGGACCUGUCGGAUAAUGAUAGCGACGAAUCGAAAACCGAUGAUGGCUCAGGUUCUGAUUCAGAGGGAGAAUCAAUGCUCGAUUCUUCUCUCGACGAUGAAACAGUGUCAGAUAAACUUAAGAUGGCGUUACAUCAAGCUCUAUUUGUCGGAGGAGUACCUUCUGAUGACGAAAGCAUCGAUUUGGAUAAGUUAAGUGAAACAGAAGGCGAAACUCUUGAUAAAGCUCUUGGUGAAGUGUUUAGGCAAUAUAAACCUAAUAUCGGAAAAAUGAAGAAACAAAGUAAGGAUCAAGAGGUCCUAACUCAUUUCCGUGUUCGAGUUCUGGACUUAAUCGAGAUAUAUUUGGAUUCAGUACCUUCGAUGUACCUAACCUUAGAGAUUAUGCUACCUCUUUUAAAAUCACUAGAGUUUAGUAUUAGAGAUCAUCAUCAAAAACCUUUGAACAAUCGAUUAAAAGGUCUUUUAAAGAAACUGGUGAAUUUGAAGAAAUUCUCAAACACUAAUGACGUUAACGAUGAAAAUUUAGUGGAGUUAUUGAAAAGUCUCCUGGAUAAGGGAACGAAAAAUAAUAAUUUAAUACAAGAUAUGGAGCAACAGAUUGCGGAUUGUUGCGUUUUCGUUAUCAAAUGUUCAGAUAUUUUGAUAAACAGUGAUGACACACCUAAAAAAGUUAAAAAACAUUUGUAUAGUAACAUUUCUAAAGUACUAUGUGAAGAAAUUCAUAAUUAUUUCAACAAGAGAGAAUGCCAUAUUCCAUACAUUUUAUUUAAAACCUUGAUACGAUUAUCUUGGAAUGGUAAUAUUGAAUUAGCUAGAAACUUACUGAAUUUUUUGUUUGACGAAAAUAUUAAACAAUUUAAAAAAAGUCAAGUGCUGGAAUUGCUCAUUAUGUUCUAUUCAAAUCAAAGGUUUCUAAGUCAGAACUUGGAUAACGUGCAAGAUAUAAUGUCCGCUAAUGAAAAUGAAUUUUGUAUUAAACUUGUAGCUUUUCUGAAUAGCCUAUCAGAGGAACCUGAUCGAAAAGAUAUUAAAGAUAGAUUUAUUUGUUUACUGUUUAACUUUUUAACGAUACUUAAAAAUAGUUCAGUCAAAAUAAAUAUAAAUUGGACUGACCUUGGAAAUUAUGUCAGAGAAUAUAGGAGCCACAAAAGUCUUUCGACAGACGCGAAAUCAGCUUUCAGUAAACUGUGCCGGUCGUUAGGUAUAUCUAAUAUUGUUCAAAUGAAAAAUAAUAUUACUAAAGUUUCGAAAUCUGUAAAUGAAAUAGAGUCGACUGAAACAAGAGAAAAUGGUAAUAACAAAAAGAAAGGAAAAAAGGAUAAAAAUAAAGCAGUAAAACUCGCAGAUGAUAGAACGGAACAUUUGUUAAAUGGACUGGAUAAAGUUAAUUUAAACAUUGCAGAAAUUAACACGCUCGAUCAAGAUGAGAAGAAAAGUAAAUUGGAGGUAAAGAAAAAACACAUAAAAAAUAAAUCUUUAAACAAUCAUCAACAAAAUGACACCACACCAACGCAAGGUGAUACCCAAUAUACUGUUGGUCCCAAAGAGAGUAUAGUAAAUAAAAGAAGACUUUCCGAGAAUACGCCAGUGCCAUCGAAGAAAAAGAAAAAAAAUAAGUAGUAUUUUUUAUGUGUUUUCUAAUUAUUUAAUACAGAGGAACUUUUUUACAAUAAUAAAUAUGUUAAUUUAAGUUUGUUCAAACAACAAUUUUAAAGCUUAUUAAAAAUAAACAUGUUAUUAACAUAAAUUUAGACCUUUAUGUUAUCAAUGAAUUAUACAGAUUACAAUGUUAUAUAUCAACUUCAAUGUCGCUAUCACUAGAUGUAGUUUGACCAAAAAGAGUUUCAUCUGAAAUAUUACAAAAACAGACAGUUUUUAAAGAGAACUGCAUAUCUGUAAAAAAAUUACUUGCGAAUGUUCCAUAUUUACUAUCUUCAUAAAUGAUUUCAUAUUUUGUAGAUACCUAAGAAAAAUAUUUUACCUGUUCAAUAUAUUUUAUAUCGCA